AUGACAAGCAGAAUCCAAGAUCCCAUAGACCCGGCCAUCGCCACCCAAGUGGACGCCUACCUAGACACCGAACUCACGUCAAAGGGCACAGCGACAUCACUAUACGACCGCGUCCUCCAGCGCAUCCGCACCAACUCCCACGCAAAAGGACUAGCAGAUAUCUCCGUCUCGCCAUCCCAAGGCAAAUUCCUCGCCCUACAAGCGCGACUCGCGCGGGCCAAGAACAUCCUCGAAGUCGGCACGCUGGGAGCAUACUCCACGGUAUGGUUCACGACAGCCUCCCCCGACACACGGGUGACGAGCAUCGAGAUCGAUGAGAACACUCUGUCCGUAGCGAGGGAGAAUAUAUCCUUCGCCGAUGAGAGCGUCUCGAGCCGGAUCAGUCUGAACCUCGGGAACGCGCUUGACGUGCUUCCGCGGUUGUUGGGGGAGAUCGAGGCUGGGACGCGGCGGCGGUUUGAUUUUGUCUUUAUCGAUGCUGAUAAGCAGAGCAAUUUGGCCUAUUUCGAGUAUGCCGUUAGAAUGGUGGAGCGUGGGUCUGUGAUCAUUGUGGAUAAUGUGGUGAGACGUGGGAGGGUCGUGGAUGAGGCUGCUUGUCGGGAUGAUGAGAGGAUCGUCGGUGUGCGAAAGGUCAUUGAGGCCAUGAAGGGGAAUGAGAGGGUUGAGGAUGCGGUUGCUCUGCAGACUUUGGGCCAGAAGGGGUACGAUGGGUUUUUGCUGGCUAUUGUUAAAUAG